AUGGAAAGAAAAAUGAGCCAAAUUUCUGCACAGUACCAAGUGCUCCUAGAAGAAGUAGCGCAGCAGAAAGUCCUCAUUCAGCAGCUUCUGAAAGAACGCACCGACGACUCAUCGAUAAUGAGAGAAUUUCCAAUUAAAAACAAAACAGAUUUGGGCCGAAUUAAUGAAAAUAUAGAAGUUCGCGGAAAGAAGAACUACAUCAAAUGUAUGACUCAAAUUCUCCAGGGUUCUGGAGUGGUGAAAAACCUGAAGAAUAUUAUAACAGACGUAUUGGCCAUGCAGUACAAUAUUGAUGGAGUGUUGGGCAAAGAUUCGCUCAAAAGCUUUACAAAUUUUUUCGACGCCCUUAUUGAGUCCAUUCCUACCGGGAUAGACGCUGGAUCGCCAGAGAAUCAACUGCGCCAAGCCCUUCAGCGUCAAAAAAAACGCGUAAUAAAAAAAAAUCAUUUGGUAAAUAAAGAAAAUAAAUGA